GCGGCGGCGGCGCCCGCGAGCUAAGCGUCAGCGGACCUGGGCCUGUGGUCCGACUCCGAGCUAAGGGUCGAAAUAUAUAUAUAUACAGGGAUAUGAUUUUCCCCCUGAAGACUUCUUUUGCUGCAUCCCAGAGAUUUUGGAACAGCAUUCUUUGGUUCCAUGUCCUCUGCAAAUUCACACCCCUGCCUCAUCAGAUAAAUCCAAACAAUGGAGGGACUUCUGCAUUAUAUAAAUCCAGCACAUGCCAUUUCUCUUCUAAGCGCUCUAAAUGAAGAGCGUCUCAAAGGACAGCUCUGUGAUGUUCUUCUAAUAGUGGGAGACCAAAAAUUUCGAGCUCAUAAAAACGUCUUGGCUGCCAGCAGUGAAUAUUUUCAGACUUUAUUCACAAAUAAAGAAAAUGAGUCCCAAACAGUAUUCCAACUUGACUUCUGUGAACCAGAUGCUUUUGAUAAUGUAUUAAAUUAUAUUUACUCUUCAUCUUUAUUUGUAGAGAAAAGCAGCCUUGCUGCUGUGCAAGAACUUGGCUAUAGUCUUGGUAUUUCUUUCCUUACUAAUAUUGUUUCCAAGACACCACAGAUCUCUUUUCCAACAUGUCCCAGUAAGAAAAAAAUAUUUCAAGAAGGAGAUGAAAGUGGCUUUCAAAAAAGAAGUGUUAUUGUUUGUCAAAGCAGAAAUGAAGCACAGGGAAAGAAUGCUAAUCAAAUUCAGCAUGACCUAAGCCAUACUUCAAAGGCUUCACCUAACAUUGCAAUCAAGAAUAAUACUAGUAGACCACUUGUCACAAAACCAAUUGAACCACUUCACAAUUUAUCAUUAAAUGAAGGAAGGUGGGCAAAGGAAAUUUCUUUGGGUUAUACCAACCUUAUUGAGCCUUCUGGAUCUUUGGAUGAUCAGUUUAGAAGUGGUUUGGUAAAAAGAAAUACCCUGUUGCCUUCAAAACCCCUACAGGACAGAGAAACUUCAGAUGAUAAACAAGAAAUAAAUAGUCAGCCCUUAAGAGAGAAAGUUACAGAAAUGUCUUUGAAAAAACCACAGCCAUCUGUUUUGUCUCUUUGUAGCUCGUCAGAGGCGCCAUAUCUGUUACAAGAAACUGGCAAAGGAAGCAGUCAGGGAGAAGACAGAAAUUUACUGUACUACUCAAAACUAGGAUUAGUAAUCCCCUCUAGUGGAACAGGGCCUAGAAACCAAAGUAUCGAUGGAAGUGGCCCACUUGUUAAGAGUCUUCUCCGACGAUCAUUAUCAGUGGAUAGUCAGGUUCCUAUGUAUUCUUCAGUUAGUUUGAAAACCUCACAAGGAUCAUCCUCAACAACAAAUGAUGCACCAGAGAAUAUAUUUAAUGCUGCAUCUCAAAAGUCGUCUUUGAAAGAGUCUACUGAAAAAACAGUGCUAGUUAAUCAGACACAAGUCAUACACCCACAUCGCCUUAGGUCCUUCAGUGCCUCUCAGUCAUCAGAAAGGGAGAUUACCUCACCUGUUACAGAGGUACGGAUAAAAACUGAGCCUAGUAGUCCACUUUCAGAUCCUUCUGAAAUAAUCAGGGUCACUAUAGGAGAUGCAGCAUCAUCAGUCAAUAAAAACUUUUCUUUUAAAUUAGAAGAUGAUCAAAGUCAUCAAAGUAGACUUGUAGCAAAAAGGAGACUUCAAGCUGACCGAAGGUUACCAUUUAAAAAACUGAAGGUAAAUGAGCAUGGUUCUCUUGGAUCAGAGGAUAAUUUUGAAGAAAGCUCAAGUCCUACUCACCUAGAUGCUGAGUUCCCAGAUUCAGAUUUUAGUAAAGAUGAAUAUAGUGAGUUGGAAGAAACAAGACCAAAUAGAAAAUUUAAAUGCAAGCAUUGCCUUAAAAUUUUUAGAUCUACGGCAGGACUUCAUCGUCAUGUUAAUAUGUAUCAUAAUCCAGAAAAACCUUAUGCUUGUGAUAUUUGUCACAAACGAUUUCAUACAAACUUCAAAGUCUGGACACAUUGUCAGACACAACAUGGAAUUGUAAAGAAUCCAUCACCAGCUUCCAGUUCACAUGCAAUCUUGGAUGAGAAAUUCCAAAGAAAGUUGAUUGAUAUAGUGAGAGAAAGAGAAAUUAAAAAGGCCCUGAUCAUUAAAUUAAGGCGUAGCAAAUCAGGUUUUCAAGGACAAGCCAGUACACAAGCACAGCAAGUCAUCAAAAGGAACUUAAGAUCCAGAGCCAAAGGAGCAUACAUUUGUACUUAUUGUGGGAAAGCAUACCGUUUCCUUUCUCAGUUUAAACAACACAUAAAAAUGCACCCAGGAGAAAAACCACUAGGAGUAAAUAAAAUUACCAAACAAAAAGAACAUGUUCCUCAUGAAAGUUCAUUAGAAAAGGAGACUUAUCAGUGCCACCUCUGCAAUGCUAAGCUCUCCUCUCUUUUAGAACAAGGAAAUCAUGAAAGAUUAUGCAGAAAUGCAACAGUUUGCCCUUAUUGCAGCCUUAGGUUCUUCUCCUCAGACCUGAAACAUGAACAUGAAAGUAAAUGUGAAUAUAAAAAACUAACUUGUCUUGAAUGUAUGCGUACUUUUAAAUCUUCUUUUAGUAUUUGGCGCCAUCAAGUUGAAGUUCAUAAUCAAAAUACUAUGGCUCCAACAGAAAAUUUUUCUCUUCCUAUUCUUGACCACAAUGGUGAUGUAACUAGUACUUCAAAACUACAGGCUCAAUCUGAAUCUAAUAAAGUAAACCAUUUUGUUACUGCAAAAGAAGAUGGAGUAUUCAGUGAUUCUUCAGAACAAAUAAAUUUUGAUUCAGAAGACUCUUCAUGUCUCCCAGAAGAUCUAAGUGUUUCUAAACAACUUAAACUUCAGAUCAAGGAAGAACCCACAGGUGAUACUCAAAAUGAUGCAUCUGGAACUAAUUUGGUUCCAAAAGAGACAGUAUGUAAUAAAGACACUGGUGUAUGGCCCUGUGAAAAGUGUGGGAAAAUGUUUACUGUGCAUAAACAGUUAGAACGUCACCAGGAACUUUUGUGCUCUGUGAAACCAUUUAUUUGUCAUGUGUGCAACAAAGCUUUUCGUACUAACUUUCGUCUCUGGAGCCAUUUCCAGUCUCAUAUGUCCCAGACCACAGAAGAAUCUAUACGUAAAGAGCCUGAGUCAUGCCCACCAGCUCACUCUCCAUCGCCACCACCUCUGCCUCCACCAUUGCCCAAAAUUCAGCCUUUAGAGCCUGAUAGCCCUACUGGUUUAUCUGAGAGUCCAUCCACUACUGAGAAACUAUUUGUUCCCCAAGAAUCAGACACUCUCUUUUAUCAUGCCCCACCCCUUUCAGCAAUCACGUUUAAAAGGCAAUAUAUGUGUAAGCUUUGUCAUAGGACAUUCAAGACUGCAUUUAGUCUUUGGAGUCAUGAACAAACACACAAUUAA